UUGACCUAUUGUUCUUAUAGUCUCAAUUUUAGCGUAUUUCUUCGUGAAUGCCAUUCUUGCACGAUACUUACCGCCUGUCAACAACUUCGAACUCGAGAUUGUCGCAAUCUACGUAUUGCACUUCAUUGCGCAACACAACCAAUCAUAGAAGAGACCACAAACACUGUCUUUCAUCCAUUGUCAUUACAUUAUGACUCAUUUAUAAGUGACAUGACGGCUGCUCGAUUGAGUUUAUUUACAAGUCAUUCAAACUCUGUGCACGACUUCACUCCAGAAAGAGGUGUAAUGCACUACAAAAUCAACAAUGAUGUCUUGACUUUGAAUACCGACCAGUUAUCUACCCUCAAUGCGCAUGGCGUAUCCGUAGACGUACCUGACUCAGAUAUACCAUUUCGAGAGCAAAGAACUGGGCCGGUGAGUGUUUACGUUUGGGACAUUUUUGCUAUGCCGGAUGCAGCGAUGACGUUUCACGAAUAA